AUCAUAACGAAGAGAACCAAAAACACUAAAGAGAGACCUAAUAAUGAGAAUUGUUGUUUCGGAACCUCAUUGUCCCAAAAGCGUCCAAGGGUUUAGCUAUGACCCUGAGCCUAACAGGAGUUUCGAUCGCUUGGUCUGUGAGACCGAGUCUUUCGCAAAGAAACUCAAUGCUUUAAGAACGGGAAGGAGUGAUAGAGGAUUCGUAGUGCGUGUAUCAGAAGAUGAUAUGGAUAGUGAUGAAGAUGUAGAUCAUAGUGCUCAAGAAGAAGAAGAUUAUAGUCAAAUCUGUACCUGUGAUGAUUUAUACUUGAGUGAUGAUGAGUUUGAUCAUGAGCUUGAUUAUAUGAUGGAUAAGAUGGGUUUGGCUGAGAACGACCACCAAACCAAAAGUAAGGAAGAUGUUAAGAAUCAAGUAUCAGUUGUUGAAAAGGAAAUUAUGAAUGAGAUUGAAACGUCUCGCUCUGCUUUAGCUCGGGUUGAGAAGUACCGCGAAAAUCGUAGAGAAGUUGAACGGAGACUUGAUCUUCAAUAUAAGCGAAAAGUUGCUGAAGCACUUGAUACUCAUAUGAGUGCAGUCCAACGUGAACAUAAAAUUAAAUCGUAUAUAGAAGAAAGAAAGAUAAGGAGAGAAGAAGCUCAGGAAGAAGCCAAGAAGAGAGAAAGGGCAAAUCAAGAAGAGAAAAUACGUCAAGAAAAAGGAGUUGAAAGGAGAAUUGGAAGGGCGAUAAGGCAAAUAACUGGAGUAAAGGAUACGGUGAAUGCGAAAAUCAACGAAAUCGUCAAAGUAUUUAAAGAUCCUCGUUGUCCUUUAUCCAUCAGUAUUGCAGCUUUUGCAAAGAGGAUGGUCUCCUCUAGGCAAAACCCUUUUGCAUGCAGCUACAUCAUUGUUUAUGUCACUUCGAAGUUUCCACAAGCUAUGGAUAUUCUUCUUGCUGAAUUCCACAAAGCUUGCAUUUACACUGUCCCAAAUCAUGAUGUAAAUUCACAGUCAAUGUGGGAUUCCGAGGCAUAUGAGCGCCUAGAUUCUACAAUGAGGCUAUACGGUGCACUUGUCCAGACUGAUAUUCGCGGUGGUAAUGCUACUAACCUUCAUGGGAUAGAACAUGGAUGGGCUUGGUUAGCUCGGUUCUUUAACAACAUCUCAGCCAUCAACAUAGCUACUGCGACAGCGUUAAACGCCUUUCUCCAAACGGCAGGGUUUGGUCUUCAUCAACGGUACAAAUCUCAGUUUGUGAAAGUUAUGAACGUUGUGCGAGAGCAUUUCUUGACGAAACUGAGGGAAGAAAAGGAUAUACAAUUGAUCACGGCGUACUUAGAUGACCGGAUGUACCUCAAGGAACCUGAAGGAAGAACUAUGAAGACGAGUCUCUUGUGAACGGAGUAUACCGCUGUUUUAGAUCAGCAGAACAACAAUCAGCAUUACCAGAGGAAUGAUUACAUAAACUGCUAUUGAUUUG